GUUGCGUUACGGCCCCGCCCUCCCCUGCUGACCGGGCCGCGUCUCUCCGUCUCUCUUCCUCUCAGGCUGCCUGAGCCUCCGCUGCGACGACGGCGAUGUCGGAAGGAGAGGCCCCGCAGGCGCCCGGAGGAGGAGGAGGAGGAGGAAGCGGCAGCGGCGGCGGCAGCGGGAGCCACUCGGGGGCGGGAGGCGCGGGCGCAGCGGAGGCCAAGGCCGAGAGCCCCUCCGCCUCCUCCUCCUCCGCAGCGCCCGGCCUGAGCGCGCUCUCGCCCCCGAUGGCCGCCUCGGCUCCGGCUCCGGCUCCGGAGGAAGAGGAGGAGGAGGAGGAGGAAGAGGAGGAGGAGGAGGAGAGCGAGGACGAGUCGGAGAUCCUGGAGGAGUCCCCCUGCGGACGGUGGCAGAAGCGGAGGGAGGAGGUGAAUCAACGCAAUGUUCCUGGCAUCGAUAGUGCCUACCUGGCCAUGGAUACAGAGGAAGGGGUAGAAGUAGUAUGGAAUGAGGUCCAGUUCUCGGAGCGCAAGAACUUUAAACUGCAGGAGGAAAAAGUGAAAGCUGUUUUUGACAACCUGAUCCAGCUGGAGCACCUGAACAUUGUCAAAUUCCACAAGUACUGGGCUGACGUGAAGGAGAACAAGGCCAGAGUCAUCUUCAUCACAGAGUACAUGUCUUCUGGCAGCCUGAAGCAGUUUUUGAAGAAAACAAAGAAAAAUCACAAGACCAUGAAUGAGAAGGCCUGGAAACGCUGGUGCACCCAGAUCCUUUCUGCCCUCAGUUACCUUCAUUCCUGUGACCCUCCCAUCAUCCACGGUAACUUGACGUGCGACACGAUCUUUAUCCAGCAUAAUGGACUGAUCAAGAUUGGUUCAGUCUUUCACAGGAUUUUUGCUAACGUUGCUCCAGACACUAUCAAUAACCAUGUGAAGACCUGUCGCGAGGAGCAGAAGAACCUGCAUUUCUUUGCUCCGGAGUAUGGAGAGGUUGCACAUGUGACCACCGCUGUGGACAUCUACUCCUUUGGGAUGUGUGCGCUGGAGAUGGCAGUGCUGGAGAUCCAGGGGAACGGUGAGUCCUCCUACGUGGCCCAGGAUGCCAUCAAUAAUGCCAUCCAGCUGCUGGAGGACCCCUUGCAGCGGGAGUUCAUCCAGAAGUGCCUACAGACCCAGCCCAGCCAGCGACCCACCGCCCGAGAGCUCCUUUUCCACCAGGCCCUGUUUGAAGUACCCUCCCUCAAGCUCCUGGCUGCCCACUGCAUUGUGGGCCAUCAGCACAUGAUCCCCGAGAACGCGCUGGAAGAAAUGACCAAGAACCUCGACAUGAGUGCGGUGCUGGCAGAGAUCAGCCAUGCCGACCGCGAGGGCGUCCGCAUGAUCUUCUCUCAGUCCCCAGCGCUGGAACUGGACAAGUUCCUGGAGGAUGUCCGGAACGGCACCUUUCCCCUGCCAGCCCUUGGCCUGCCCCGCCCCCAGCAGCCCCAGCAGGAAGUGGUGAAGUCCCCCAUUGCGCCCCCUUCGGUCAAGACUCCAACGCCCGAGCCAGCCGAAGUGGAGACCCGCAAAGUGGUGCUGAUGCAGUGCAACAUUGAACCAGUGGAGGAAGGCGUCAGGCACCACUUGACUUUGCUGCUGAAACUGGAAGACAAACUGAACCGGCACCUGAGCUGUGACCUGCUGCCCAGUGACAACAUCCAGGAGCUGGCGGCUGAAUUGGUCCAGCUGGGAUUCAUCAGUGAGGCGGAUCAGGGCCGGUUGAGCUGUUUACUUGAAGACGCCUUCAGCAAGUUCCUCUACUCGCGGAACGGGGGGAUGGCGGCCGUCACAGUCUCCACCUAACGGCCCUCCCCUGCCACCAGCAGUGCCCCCGCCGGCAUGUCUCUGGUCUUUGCUGGGUCACCUGCAGACAAUCGGUGCCACUGUUUGGGGCAGAGGGGGGGCAUGGCUGGUGAGGGGAAGGGGCUGUGUGCCUUGUGUCAGUAUUACUAUUUCGCCGGCGGCCGGCAGCCCCAUCCCACCCCCGCAUGGAGUUUUCUUUUGCUUGAAUUGUACAGAAUUUUUGCACAGCACAGAGAGGUCUGUCUUGUUAUUUAAGGAAAAGGGAGGCCCAGAGGAGUUGGUUCCUGGCCCCCCCCCAGCCUCCCUCCCUCUGGCCCUUCUCACACUCACACUCGCACUCGCGCCUUUCUCUGCAGGCCAUGAGGCCCCUUUAUCCCCCCUGGGGGUGGGGGGGAAGGCAGGCCGGCAGAGCAACACCUGGGGGGGGGGGGUUUAGGGUCAGUGAGAUGUUCCUUCUGGUUGAAGGUCAAGAGGGGCAGAGCCGGUCAGUGAAAUGUGGCCCCUUCCCUCCCUUGGGCUGCUGGGUGCCUCCAUGUGUUGUUUCUGUUCCUAUUUUUAAUAAAUGGUUUUGUAAGUACAUGGCCAA